CAAAUCCAUGUAGUUGCAGCACAAGAGAGAGAAGCAAGUAGCAAGAACAUGAAAGAAAUAUGAAGUUGUCCACAUUAGAUAAUUACCACUCAUCCAACCAAUGACCCCAUAUGCUUAAGAAAUAAUCAAGUACAAUUAGCCACACCAUUCUCUAUCCUACUCUCAUCCUCAUCUACCUUUUGGUCCUACCGGUGUUUCAAGAUUCCGGCCAGAAAAGCAAAAAAAAAAAAAACUUUAGAUCUCACACACUUAUCCUCAUUCAUUCUCUUUUAUCUUUGUGUUUGUUCAGUUUAUCAAGAAACUUGACUUGGGAAUAAUCUUCUUUUAUUUCUCAUUGAUUUUGGAUCCUACAUUAUCCAAAAUAGGAGUUGCAAUUAUAGUAGUUGAGUGUAUAUAUGGAAGAGAGGGAAAGGAGGAGAAGGAGAUGGGGUGUAUUGGGGCUAAAAGGGACAGAUAGUCAUGUUGAGAAACUGAAGAGUUGUAUAGUAUUUCCACAUAGGUCAAGAAUGAAGCUAUGGAUGAUAAGGGCUACAACAAUGGUGUUAUUGUGGACUUGUUUUGUCCAAUUCACCACAUUGGGUGAGCUUUGGGGUCCUAGUGUUUUGAAAGGAUGGCCUUCUUGCUUUUCCCAUGAGUACUCUUCUGUUACAUCAUCAUUGGUUGUUAAAUCUGUCCCUGCUAGAGCUCUUCCACCAAAGAGGGUUUACCAGAAUAAUGGUUAUCUCAUGGUUUCAUGUAACGGAGGUCUUAAUCAAAUGCGAGCAGCAAUAUGUGAUAUGGUUGCUAUCGCAAGAUAUUUGAAUGUGACUCUUAUAGUACCCGAGCUGGAUAAAACCUCCUUUUGGGCUGAUCCAAGGUGUGUGUCCUCAAGUUUCUCGUAUUUUUUUUGGUGGUCUUAUGAAUCACUAGCUUCUUUAGAAAGAAAGUAUGAUGAUCUGUGUUGGAAAUUAAAAUGCAAUUUGAGUUGCAGUGAAUUUGAAGACAUAUUUGAUGUUGAUCAUUUUAUAACGUCCUUGAGGGAUGAAGUUCGAAUAUUGAAAGAGCUACCCCCAAGACUGAAGAGGAGAGUAGUGCUAGGAAUGAUUUAUACCGUGCCUCCUAUUAGUUGGUCUGAUAUUUCUUACUACCAACAUCAGGUCCUUCCUUUGAUACGGAAAUAUAAAGUUGUUCACGUAAACAGAACUGAUGCUCGGCUUGCCAAUAAUGGUCUACCUUUUGAAAUUCAGAAGCUGCGGUGCCGAGUCAAUUUUAGUGCCUUAAAAUUUACCCCUCAGAUAGAAGAGUUGGGUAAAAAGGUUAUUCUACUUCUCAGACAAAAGGGUCCUUUUAUAGUGCUGCACCUGAGGUAUGAAAUGGAUAUGUUAGCUUUCUCUGGCUGUACUCAAGGCUGCAACAAGGAUGAGGUUGAAGAGUUGACAAGAAUGAGAUACGCUUAUCCGUGGUGGAAAGAAAAAAUCAUAAACUCUGAAUUGAAAAGAAGAGAUGGUCUCUGUCCUUUGACACCCGAGGAGACUGCCCUUACUUUAAGGGCAUUGGACAUUGAUUCUAGCAUCCAAGUUUAUAUUGCUGCUGGGGAGAUAUAUGGUGGGACAAGGAGAAUGGCGAGUCUUGCGGCAGCUUAUCCAAAUCUGGUGAGGAAGGAGACACUACUAGAGCCUUCUGAGCUUAGGUUCUUUCAAAAUCACUCUUCACAGAUGGCUGCAUUGGAUUAUCUUGUCUCGCUGGAGAGUGAUAUCUUUGUUCCGACAUAUGAUGGAAACAUGGCUAAAGUUGUUGACGGACAUCGCAGACAUCUUGGAUUCAAGAAAACAAUUUUGCUGGACCGAAAGCUCCUCGUAGAUUUGAUAGACCAGUAUAAUGAUGGAUCGUUUACGUGGAAUGAGUUUUCUACUGCUGUUAAGGAAGCUCACGCUGAACGCAUGGGAAACCCUACGAAGAGGUUGGUGAUUCCCGACCGACCUAAAGAAGAGGAUUAUUUCUACUCCAACCCGUGGGAAUGCUUUGAACCAUCUAAUGAAGGUGAAACAUCAAGUAGCAUAUAAAUCAUGGUGGUGGUAAGAUUUGGCUAUUAGAAGAAAAGACUGCGAUGCAGUUCUGUGACAUGCUUAGAGAAUACUUCUCAACGCUGCAUGACAAUUGAGAAUCUGAUAUCGUGUGGAGGCAGCUGUUGAAGUUCAGGGGGAGAUGCAUUUCAGAGCCCCAGAAGACCUUGGUAGCACUCGGGGGCGGGUACAUUAGAAUGUUGUACGUAAAUUAAAUAAUCGAUUCAUGUAUAGAAGUUGCCUUGCCAUUGCAGUGUACACAAGAGGGGUGAAAUGUAGUUUAUUUG